CAAUAUCCUCAUUUCAAUGAGCAAAAAGCCACAAUGGGCGCUAUUUAAAUUUGGCGUGCUUCGUACGAGGCUAUUUUACCUUAGCUGUCUUUGAAGCAGGUACAAUUUGGAACUAAGCAAGUAUUUCCUACCGCGUAAAUGAUGGCAAGUAACGUCAUCAUUACAUCUGUGAUCAUCGCUGUUUUCUUAGUGGGCUUAGCGCAGAAAGGUGAGUAAGGAGACGAAAUAGGAAGGUUUCUUUGCUACAUUGCCAACAUUUUAAAAGGAUUUACAUUUCAUGUCCAUAUUUUCAUCUCUUAAUCGGUCGUCCCCUACAGUUUGACCGUUUAUCAAACAAGUGAUUAUUUCCACAAACGCCGUUGUUCAAUGAUGAAAAAUGCACAUGCACUAGCGUUCCAGAUGAGUGGUUCCGCAAAUCUACCUAAAAUGGCGGCACACUUCCUCUCAAUAGUCUCAAACAGAUAAACAUCGAAGCGCAAAUCCGAAGGUUUGGAGUUCGAUUCCUUACUUAAGACUUGUUUUAUUUUUUCCUUUUUCCCAUGCUCGAGACUAUCUUUCUAAAAUAUACCAACAAAACCCACCAGAAAAGGUGGAUAAAUAAAUGAAAGCAUAAUCUGUCGAAAAAUUUCCGCUAGUCUCAUUUAACGUAUUAUUUUCCUUUCUUUCUGAAUCUUAACCCCACCUUGAUUGCCAUAUCAGAUGUAAUUUAAAAUGCGAAGAUACAUCCUUUGCUGAAUCACUCACUGAAAAUUUAAAAAAAAAUUCAUCUCUGGUUUACCACGUUGUGAUAAUUCGUUCGAACGACGGAGAUUUAGUCGCGAAAUUCCCUAGCCUGUCUCUCUCACAGGCAGCCACCCUGUUUGACAAUAGCGACACAUGAAAGAAAUACAAUGAAAUGAAAUGUGUUACAAUUACGAAUAAAGCACCAAAUGAAAUCAUUUUCACGCAAAAUCCCUGAGAUACCGCAGUCUGGUGCGUGACCACGGUUCGUCACGCAAUAUUUGAGAGAAACGAAAAUAUUCCCAGCACUUUAAAAGAUUUUAUUUUUGGGUGAGAAAGAGCGUUUGACACUUUUCCAAGACUUUUCAGACUCUAUUCUUCUGCUUAAUUCAACUGAAGCGAAGUGCGCGAUUCCGAUCUGAGAAGUCACGUGACUCGAUUACCAAGUAAACAUUAUGUGGCCGUAAUUUUCUCUUGGAUUACGUAAUUCGAUGAAAUUGCGCGCAUAUCUUAUCUUUAACAGCUUCUGUAGUGUUCAAUAAAAUCAGGAGCUCCUGGUAAAACCUAUCUUCCGUUUUAUCUCCUGAAUAAAGGAAAAACUUUCCACAACUUUCCUUAGAGAGACAAUAGGAGAUAACCGACAACUUUUAACAACCUAUGCUUAUUUAAUAUGGUUCAUUUUUCUCCUCAGGCGUCUCCUUAAGUUGCUACAUGUGUUAUUCCACAAUUUCUUGGAAGGAUUGUUUUGACAAGAGUAGGGUUGGAAACUGCGACUCAGAUAAGGCAGUGUGCUCUAAUACUUUUACUGCUGUGAAGCAAAAUGAUCAACAAAAACUCCAGUUCGCUGCUGCUUGUCUUCCUAAGGUAGGAUGACGGUUUGACUGACUCUGUGUUAUUCUGUCUCAUUUGGUUGGACUCGCACAUGCUCAUUACGGUGUGAAUGAUUUUGGAAAAUUUUUCAUAAACUUUUCAAAAGCUGUUAAAGGUGUUUGUGUGUAUUUAUCGGGCAUCAUCACAAUCCUACCUUUUCCAAUGUGCCUUUUUUUUUUCAAUCCCCUCUUUGUUGGUGAUUAUAAACCCUUGCGCAGAGGCAGAGCUCGGGGAAGGGUCUAGAGGUCACAGCUCUCAAAAUAUUUCUAAGCCUAAGUAAAUGUGUAAGCAAAAAUUUUCGUGUUUUCUGAAUCAAAGUUUGGACCUCCUGUAGCAAAAAUUUUGGGAUCCUCCUUACGAAGAAGUGCGAUGAGUAGAAACUUUUUUACACAUAGGGGAAAUGAAACAUCCACUGACCGUUUUGAAUGCUAUGAAUAUGAAACGAGUUCUUGUUCCUUCCAUUCUAUUCAUUUCUCUUUGUGAUCCUUCCUUUUACCUCCAGGAAAACUGCAAUAAAGAAAAAUGCAGAGAAGAUUUGGGUUCGAGUGGAGAGAAUAAAGCUGUGAAUUGUGAGAUCAGUUGCUGUGAAACAGACAAGUGCAAUAUGGUAGCAUCCAAAGGACAAGUCUCAUCAAUCUCCAUUUUGGGUCUAAUUAUUUCGCUCCUAUUUUGCUAUAGUUUACAAAACUUUUGAAUUUUUAUGAGUUUUUCGAAUACACACUCUUCUGGUUAAGACAGUUAGAGCUACUACAUGAACCCAGAACAGCUAUGAAGAAAGUCUCAAACCACAGCUUUUUUUAAAGUGAAUAAGUAGCGCGUGCCACUGCAUAGGAGAUAUUUACAUUCAUUUGGAAGCAUGGGAUGAAAAACAGAUCUUGACCAACUCUUAUAAUUAAAAGGUUUAGAUUUGUAAAAUAAAAAUAAGAUGAAACAUUCUGCAUCUUGUUCCACCAUCCUGUAUUUCCAUGGAGGCAUUGUGGGUUUCAUCAUUCAAAAGGUGACUUGUAAACUAGUGUGACCAUAUCAAAACUAAGAGGAAUCCAUGGUAACACAAGUAGUGCAUGGUUUUGAUGAAUGAAACAAACAAAGAAACAAACGACAAAUUGUAAACUUUCUGGAUGACAAAAAAUAUAUUAGCUUAUAUUCAAAUUAGUGAAAAGAAAUAAAACUUACAAUAAAUUAAACAUCAACUUUGAGUACCUUUUAUAUUGUCAGUUCACUGUCUAAUGCAUCGAAUAUAAAAUCUGGUAUUGAAAAGCUCUCACGCAAGUUCAAAAGUUAUUUUAUGGUCAAGGUCAAAAACAAGUUUUAACUCCUCCAUUAAGUUAAAAUUUUGCCUUAGUUUCUUUGCGUCAAAAUAAUUGUAGUAUUGAUAAUAAUAAUGGUAAUAAUAAUAAUGACUAUAAGAAUCAUUAUACUUUUAGUAAUAAUUAUAAUGAUAAGAUAAAAUGUGUACUGUACAUUAGUAUUUUGAUUACUUUAAUUUAUGUAUUGUAAGUAGAUUAUGUAAUGUAAAUAGCUUAUCGCACCUGUUGAAAAAAAAAAUUAGAAAAUGAUAAUCAUAUUGAUAACUGAAAAAGAGAAAAAAGGAAUCAGUU